AUGCGCGUGUCUUCAUCGAUACUAUCUUCCGACUUCACGGGUGAUAUCCAAGAGAUCGUGUCUGAUAGGGACCCCCGCUUUACGACGGAGUUCUGGCAAUCCGUAUUUCGUUCACUUGGAACACGUUUGACGAUGUCAACUUCUAACCAUCUAGAAACAGACGGUCAAACGAAACGCGUCAACCGCGUCCUCGGAGAGAUACUUCGAGUGUAUUUCCACUCGUUUACGAUCUGGAGUGAGUUCUUGCCCAUGGCGGGAUUCGCCAUCAACAACUCGGUGCACGCGUCGACAACGCAUACACCGUUCUUCGUGAAUGGCCUACGCCAUCCACGUGUACCCGCCUUCUUCGAGUUUGACUCUAAUUUAGAAGGGGGUGGAUAA